AUGAGGGAAUCGCAGAGGCACAAGGACGACUGCGAUGGGCUGCUGCGUUAUGGCGCGUCCAUUGGAACUUUGCUCCUGGAUGAGGACAUCAGGAAGGCGUUGGACAGCCAGCUCGCUGCCGUCAAGGAGUCGUGCAACAAGACUGAAGGAAACCUGCAGCAAAGCGCAUUGAGGCUGAACGGCGUGGCCGGCUUGCAGCAGGAGUUCGACGUGAGAUUGGAAGAAUUUCUCCUCUGGCUCGACGACAUGGAAGCGUAUCUUGCCUCCACCAUCGUACCAGCGGAAGCGCAGCGGGAAUUGAAGUUGCUGGACGAUAAGAAGCAAGACGUGUCUGAACACGGCGAACCGCUGAAGCAGCUACAGACCAGUCUCGGCGAUUUGCUCAGCACUACCAUGACCUCGUACCUAGUGAAGAUCAGUGACAAGGCUAAGGAACAGCUGGCAGAUGCCGAGAGGCGCUGGCAGGCCUUGGCACCACUGAUCGAGGAACGCCGAAACAGAUUAAGUGCUGCGAAUGUCUUGUGGGAGGAAGUGAAGCAGUUGGCUGGUAGGCUCGCCAACGUGCGGACCGCAGAGGAGACCCUUGGCCGCACCUUUGGCGGCGACCUGGAAAGCCUUUGCAAACUGUUGAAGCAUUGGAGCGCCUGCUGCCUGAAGUGCAAGAAAUAGAAGUCCCACUGAUCAACGUUUGCCGCCGGUACGAGAGCCUGAUCCAGGACUGUCCGGUGGACGAGGGCCUCGGCACUUACAUCGACCAGUUGCGCUACGACUGGCCUCGCGAGGAGGCACU